GCGAGCGGCGCGGGGGAGCUCGGAGGCGCCAGGCCCCCGGGGGAGGGCGGCCGGGGAGGCAGGCCCCCCGAGAGACCCGUCGGGUUGGAUUUUGGGGGCCGAGGGGGCGCCUGACCACGGACCUCGUUCUUCAGACGCCCCCCAGCCCCGGCCGCUGACGGGGGGCUGAGGGGCGCCGCCAUGCCUCUGCCGCGGUGACGCGCGGGGCCGUAAGGAGAACCGGGAGAGGAACCGUGACGAGAACCGCGAGGAGAACCGGGAGAGGAACCGUGACGGGAGCCGCGAGGAGCCGCGCGGUCUCCCCGGGGAUGUCCCUCAGGCGGCCGGAGAAAGCGACUCACUCGAGCCCUGGGCAGCGAUGGCAGAGGAACAACAACAGCCGCCACCACAGCAGCUCGAUGCCCCUCAGCAGCUUCCCCUCAGCGCCCCCAACCCCGGGGUGGCUCUGCCAGCCCUUGUGCCCGGGCUGCCAGGGACAGAGGCCAACGCUCUGCAACACAAGAUCAAGAACUCCAUCUGCAAAACUGUACAAUCUAAAGUGGACUGCAUUUUGCAAGAAGUUGAGAAGUUUACAGACCUAGAGAAACUCUACCUCUACCUUCANCUGCCUUCUGGUCUUAGCAGUGCAGAGAAAAGUGAUCAGAAUGCCAUGUCAUCUAGUCGGGCACAGCAAAUGCAUGCCUUUUCCUGGAUUCGAAAUACCUUAGAGGAGCAUCCUGAGAUGUCACUCCCCAAAAAGGAAGUCUAUGAUGAAUACAAGAGCUACUGUGACAAUCUUGGCUACCAUUCAUUAAGUGCUGCUGACUUUGGAAAAAUCNUGAAAAACGUCUUUCCAAACAUGAAGGCACGCCGUUUAGGCACUAGAGGCAAAUCUAAAUAUUGCUACAGUGGACUAAGGAAAAAAGCUUUUGUUCAUAUGCCAACACUGCCNAACCUUGACUUUCAUAAAACUGGAGAUGGGUUGGAAGGAGUUGAACCAUCUGGGCAGCUUCAAAGUAUUGAAGAAGAAGUUAUCUCUUCUGCUUGCCGUCUUGUGUGUGAGUGGGCCCAGAAAGUGUUAAGCCAGCCAUUUGACACAGUCUUGGAAUUAGCCCACUUCCUUGUAAAGAGNCAUUAUAUAGGCACCAAGUCAAUGGCAGCUCUGACUGUGAUGGCAGCAGCACCGGCAGGNAUGGAAACUGACUGCAUUGCUAUAGUUAGAGCUGGUAGCAGCAAACAGAGAGCUUGGGGGCCAGUAAAAUGGCACAGUAGGUAAGAGCACUUAGCUACUGCCAAGCCUUAUGACCUGAGUUCAAGCCUCAGAAACAGAAUGAUGAAGGGAGAGAACUGACUCCCUCCUGCAAGUUGUCUAUGACCUCUACAUGCACUCCCUGGCACAUGUGCAUUUAUAAAGAAAUAAAUCAAGUUUAGAGAAUUGAUUAAUGA